GUCAGCUUUACUACCCAACACAAUUCAUCACUCAACGGGCAAGAUGCAACAAUCUAAGAUGGAGCAAUUAUCGCAUCCUCCAACCACCUUUCUCAGCCUCCCACGAGAGAUUCGCGACUGCAUUUACAGCUUUGCUUUGCUUGCGUCUACAUGCGUCGUAGUAUGGACUGGUAGAUGGGUGUGCAUCAACAAGUUCGACGACCAAGGCGUUGAUGUUGAUGGAAAGACCGCAUUAGAAUAUCGGCGCAUUGUGGACAACAAAGCUACAGCCUCGAGUAUACAACACCUAGCGUUAAAUCUCCUCUGCUGUAACAACACUAUUGUAGCACGGGAAGCUGCCAUGACCUUCUACACCAACAAUACGUUUUCCUUUCUUGGGGACCACAACUGGGACCCUAUUGUCUCCUGGCUUGAGGCCAUCGGUGCUCGGAAUCGAGGUUAUAUUACCAAACUCAACGUAACAGCGCGGCGGCCGGACCAAGCAUGGCAGCGGCGUGACGGAACGCGUGUCAAAAUCCCCAAUCUCAGAGGGGAGCUUUAUCAGCGUAACCCUCACUUGUAUCGCUCACCACAAUCAACCGAAGAAGGUGAGGUUGAAAAUAUCAACCCAGCAAUCGAAACGAUUUUUGCUAUCCUUGGUGGUCGGGAUGCUUGGUCAACCCUCAAGUUGCAACUACUGCUAGAUCCUGAUUGCCUUCCCGGUGUUGAGCUUCUGGACGAUGACCAGAGUGCGUACUCUUCUUUCUUCACCAUGGACCUACCAAAUUUGAUAGAAAAGUUCCGUGUAGCUUAUACAAGCCAGAGUGAAAAUCGUGGUCAUGUAGAGGUACUGUGGGUGGGCGAAACCCUUCGACAUGAGUUUAUCAACAAGAGGAGCCUGAUUCAAAAGCAGGGAUGGGAAAUUGUGGAAACUAGAGAGGUAGAAACGCCUCGGCUUUGGACGCCUCCUCCUGGUCAUGCGCCACUUGGACCGAUCCUCAAAGUGCGAUUUACACUGAAGAGACGGGUCCAAACAGCUGUACUUGCAGCAGAAGAUCCUUCCCCAUAUUCUUUUCUUGGAUAUUUCAACUAGGACGUUGGCUAGCACGACCCUACCCUAUUUUUUCAAUACGAAAGUGUUGGAAUUUAAUGCAUAGUGUCGCGUAUAGACGCCUCUGUAGUAGGGAGCAUCACAGGCACGACCCGCAAUCGGUGAAUAGGUAGGAAAGGUAGAUAUUUGACUCUGUUGAUAGGCCUCCGUAGGUAGGUGGAUAAUGCCUCGAACUCUCUCGGCAGCCCUGAUCGAUCUAUCUAUGCCCUGCCUAGUGCUCUUCCUCAUACACGUGAUCCCCGAAUAGCCUCAUCUAUCCUGCUACACUACA